UUGAUCACAUAAGAAACAGCGGCGAUUCAGUUUAUUUGAAAAGACUACGCUUUCUGAUCCUCGAUGAGGCUGACCGUCUCUUGUCACCCACGUUUGCCAAUGAUUUGUCCAUAAUAUUUGACAAUAUUCCAACGAAAAGGCAGACAUUGUUAUUCACCGCCACGAUGACUGAUAGCAUCCUGGCACUAGGAAGUGAAGAGGACGAGAAGAAAAAGCCAUUUGUGUAUCAAGUUAAUUCAAAUAUGUCCACCGUAUCAUCAUUGACACAGUACUAUGUGUUUAUCCCGUCUCAUGUACGCGAGCCAUACCUGGUACAUCUGCUAAAUAGAGAAGAAUUAAACGGAAAGUCGACAAUCAUAUUCUGUGGCAGAUGCAGAACAGCCGAGUUGUUGAGAGUGAUGCUUUCCAAAUUAGAUAUACGAUGUGCAAGCCUGCAUUCGGUAAUGAGUCAGAAAGAGCGACUAAACAGUCUUGGCAAAUUCAGAGCUGAAGCAGUCAAAGUGUUAAUAGCUACUGAUGUUGGUAGUCGUGGUCUCGAUAUUCCAGCGGUACAAUUAGUUAUCAAUUAUAAUAUUCCAAGCGAUUCAGCUGAUUAUAUACAUCGUGUCGGAAGAGCAGCUCGAGCAGGACGUGAUGGUAUCUCUAUAUCAAUCGUUACUGAGCAGGACAUUGAACUUGUGCAUAAUAUUGAAUCACGCAUAAGUAAAAAAAUGGAUGAGUGGAAAAUAAAUGAAAAUAAAGUACUGGAUAUGUUGAACAAAGUGGCCGAUGCAAAGCGUGCUGCUAUAUUGCAUCUUCACGAUUCACACUUUGGAUCGGCAAAAGAAAUUCAAAAGAAAAAGCAUAGACUAUUGAACGGAACUGUUGCGAAAAAGAAUGUCGGUAGCCGUAGGAAAAAAAUAAGAGACGAAAAGGAUAAUAAAGUAGCAAGUUAA